AUGGCGUUCCCUCGGCGGUCUGCCUCGAUGCUGUUGGCUUCGUUGAUCCUUCUCUACUGGACGACCUCCUCAGCUCGGUCACAUGACCCCACCUCCUCCGACCUCUCACCCCCCCACAGGGUGAAGAGGGAUCAGGCUUUUGAGAACAGAGAGAAAUUCAAAGAGACCUUCGAACUGAUAAAAGACUCCGUGUCCUUCACCCACGACAUUUUGAAGGUGAAAGAUGUACUUCAGAAACUCGGAAAAUUUGCCAGCUUGGCUCCCGGCGGACUUGGUGCGGUCUUCUCCCUCAUCAACGUGAUCUUGAUCUUCAUCCCUCAACAUGACCCGGUGAUGGAGGAGUUGCAGAAAGGGUUUUCUGAAGUGAACAGGAAGCUGGACUCGCUCUCCAUCCAUAUCUCCAACCUGGCAACAGACGUGGAAUGGUUCAACUACGCCAGCGUCUACUCUCAAGAUGAGGUCCGCAUCCUCAACGCUUGGAAGAAGUUCGAUGAGCUUCGUGUGAACGGUCGGUCGGUGGAGAGUGGAGAGGAUAAACUCCGACUGGUAGAGAUAUUCACAAACUACUAUGAAUACACAGCAACUGAGGCCAGUGUGGCCAACCUCUACCAUUACCUGACGGUGGAGAGCACGUCUCUCAGUGGAAACAUCAACCAACUGCUGACAAAGAAGUUUAAAUGUGACAUUAAAGAGAUCGUCAAGUUUAACAUCUAUUUCAGUACCUUGCUAUGGAAGGGGAUGGUGCUCAACGAGGUCUACUGGAAACUGAUUGGUUUUAAAUCAGGAGACAAAGAAGCCGAACACGCCAAGAUGUUAAAUAACGUCUACGCAGCUCAGAUGUCAGCUGUGGACUCCUGCCUGAAAAACAGUGAGUGGUACAUGAAGGAGGACAUUAAGGAGAUCACCAAAGCACUCGGUACUAACGACAAAACAGCCUUAGCUGGUGAGGUGAAAAAGGCUCUGGAUAAGAAGUACGACUGGUACGACUGGGUGGUGGUGGUGUUCAACAACGAUGAGGAUACCAAUUAUAUCCGAUAUGAUCUGACUGAGGUCUCGGUGGACAAGGUCACGGUCGCAGUGGGCCCCACUCGGAGAGCAGCAGACCACCAUGAAUAUGAUUUGAUCAGAGUAGCCGAUGAAUGCUUUAAAGACAAAGUGUGUGACGUUAAGGAACGACUAGGUACCUUUGUGUAUAACUACAUUAAUGAACAUUCUACUACUGGAGAUAUAUUUCCUUUAAAAUUUAAAGAUUACGCUACAGCGACCCUUGCUGCCUAUGGGAGCGACUUUGUUCAGGUCCCAGAACCCUUUCGCGAAUAUGACUGUUGGUGGGGGUCGUACACAAGAAAGAUUUCCGUCUACCGCUCCAAGAAGUCGCCCAACUGCGUAUCUGGCAGGACGUGUAGUAACGGAGGAACGUGCAAGACGCUGCUGGACUCCAAUGAUUUUCUGUGUGAGUGUCGGAACGGGUACUACGGUGACACAUGUGAGCAGAAGAAGGACAUGUCGGUGGUGCAGGAGAUGAAUGCUCUCUACCCUGUGACCAGUAUCGUCACCACACAAGGGAAACUGAAGACGAUGGGGGCUAAACUGCAGGAGAUCCUCGACACCAUCAAUGCCAGAUGUCCCAGGCAGUAG